CCAGCGGGAGCAGCCUCUGAGCCGGAGCCGAGAGGGACGCCAUGGAGAGCGAGGAGGAGCAGCACACGACGACGCUGCUGUGCAUGGGCUUCUCGGACGCGGCCGCCAUCCGCAGGGCCCUCCGCUUGGCCAAGAACGACAUCAACGAGGCCGUGGCGCUGCUCACCAACGAGCGGCCCGGCCUGCACUAUGAGCCCAUGGAGAGCGGAGGCGGCGGCCCGGGAGGCGGCGGGGGCGGCGGCGGCGGCCCGGGAGGGCCCCAGCCAAGCGGCGGCACCCGCGGCGGAGGGGACGGCGACGGCAGCGGGGGCGGCGGCGGCAGCAGCGGCGGCUUCGACCCGCCUCCUGCUUAUCAUGAGGUGGUGGAGAACGAGAAAAAUGAUGAAAAUGGGAACUGUUCAGGAGAAGGUAUUGAAUUUCCCACAACAAAUCUGUAUGAACUGGAGAGCAGAGUAUUAACAGAUCAUUGGUCCAUCCCAUAUAAGCGGGAAGAAUCCCUUGGCAAGUGUCUAAUUGCAUCCACCUAUCUAGCAAGGCUGGGACUUUGUGAUUCUGAUGAAAACUGCAGGAGAUUUAUGGAUAGAUGUAUGCCUGAAGCUUUUAAAAAGCUAUUGACAUCAAGUGCUGUUCAUAAAUGGGGUACAGAAAUUCAUGAGGGAAUCUACAACAUGUUGAUGCUACUGGUAGAUCUGGCUGCUGAGAGAAUAAAGCAAGACCCUAUUCCUGUUGGUCUCCUUGCUGUACUUACCAUGGCUCUUAAUCCUGACAAUGAGUAUCAUUUCAAAAACAGAAUGAAAGUGUGCCAAAGAAACUGGGCAGAAGUAUUUGGUGAAGGAAACAUGUAUGCUGUUUCCCCCAUUUCUACUUUCCAGAAGGAACCACAUGGAUGGCUAGUGGACUUGGUGAACAGGUUUGCAGAGUUAGGUGGGUUUUUGGCAAUUCAGUCUAAAUUACAUUCAGAAGAUAUUGAACUUGGGGCAGUUUCUUCAUUGGUUCAGCCUUUGGGGGUCUGCGCAGAAUAUCUCAAUUCUUCAGUAGUGCAGCCAAUGCUGGAUCCAGUAAUUCAUAACAUGAUUAAAUAUGUACAGAAUGUAGAGGAAAAGGACCUGAAAGACAAGAGGCUGGUCAGUAUCCCCGAACUCUUAUCUGCCAUCAAGCUCCUUUGUAUGCGUUUCCAACCUGACUUAGUAACAGUAGUGGAUGACCUGCGGUUAGACAUCUUAUUGCGUAUGUUGAAAUCACCACACUUCAGUGCAAAAAUGAAUUCGCUCAAAGAAGUAACAAAGCUUAUUGAAGACAGUACUGUAUCCAAAUCAGUGAAGAAUGCAAUAGAUACAGAUAGAUUAUUGAACUGGCUAGUGGAAAACUCUGUCUUGUCAAUUGCAUUGGAAGGUAACAUAGAUCAGGCACAAUAUUGUGAUCGUAUAAAGGGAAUAAUUGAGCUGCUGGGUAGCAAGCUAUCAUUAGAUGAGCUGACUAAAAUUUGGAGAAUACAGUCAGGACAGUCAACAACUGUGAUAGAGAACAUCCACACAAUUAUUGCAGCAGCUGCUGUGAAGUUCAGUUCAGACCAGCUCAAUCAUCUCUUUGUCCUUAUUCAGAAGAGUUGGGAAUCUGAGAGUGAUAGAGUGAGACAGAAACUAUUGAGCUUGAUAGGACGUAUUGGCCGGGAAGCGCGUGUAGAAGCUACCACUGGAAAGGUUCUCGAGGUUCUCUGGGACUUGGCUCAUCUUCCGACAUUACCUAGCAGUUUGAUUCAACAGGCCUUGGAGGAACAUUUGACAAUCCUUAGUGAUGCAUAUGCAGUGAAGGAGGCAAUAAAAAGAAGCUACAUCAUCAAGUGCAUAGAAGAUAUUAAGAGGUCAUCCCAGCAUAAUAAUCCUCAGUUUGUAUGGGUGGUACCAGCUUUACGUCAGCUCCAUGAAAUCACACGUUCUUUUAUUAAGCAAACCUACCAAAAACAAGAUAAGAGCAUUAUUCAGGAUCUGAAGAAAAACUUCGAGAUAGUGAAAUUGGUAACAGGAAGUUUAAUAGCAUGUCACCGAUUGGCUGCCUCAGUGGCAGGUCCUGGGGGCCUGGCUGGAAUAACAUUAGUAGAUGGACGAUAUACAUAUCGGGAGUAUUUAGAAGCACACUUGAAAUUUCUGGCAUUUUUCCUUCAAGAAGCCACCCUCUACUUGGGAUGGAAUCGUGCUCGAGAAAUCUGGGAAUGUCUUGUGACUGGCCAGGAUGUUUGUGAAUUAGAUCGAGAGAUGUGUUUUGAAUGGUUUACAAAAGGACAGCAUGACCUUGAGAGCGAUGUGCAGCAGCAACUCUUUAAAGAAAAAAUUCUUAAACUGGAGUCCUAUGAAAUUACUAUGAAUGGUUUUGGUUUGUUUAAGACCUUUUUUGAAAACGUGAACCUCUGUGAUCACCGAUUGAAACGACAAGGAACUCAACUGCAUGUAGAAAAACUGGAAUUAAUCGGAAUGGAUUUUAUUUGGAAAAUUGCAAUGGAGUCACCUGAUGAAGAAAUCGCUAAUGAAGCAAUUCAGUUGAUAAUAAACUACAGUUACAUUAAUCUAAAUCCUAGAUUGAAAAAGGAUUCCGUAUCGCUCCAUAAGAAAUUUAUUGCUGAUUGUUACACAAGAUUAGAAGCAGCCAGUUCAGCUCUUGGUGGCCCAACACUGACACAUGCAGUAACCAGAGCUACCAAAAUGUUAACAGCAACUGCCAUGCCUACAGUGGCAACAUCUGUCCAGUCUCCCUACAGGUCAACGAAACUUAUAAUAAUUGAGAGGCUGCUGCUGUUGGCAGAACGCUAUGUCAUCACUAUAGAGGACCUUUACUCUGUUCCUCGAACUAUUCUACCUCAUGGUGCCUCCUUUCAUGGACAUCUUUUAACACUUAAUAUUACAUAUGAGUCUACCAAAGAUACCUUUACAGUAGAGGCUCAUAGCAAUGAAACCAUAGGGAGUGUCAGGUGGAAGAUAGCAAAGUUGUUGAAUUCUCCUGUGGACAACAUUCAGAUAUUUGCAAAUGACAGUUUGUUAACAGUGAAUAAAGAUCAAAAACUACUACACCAGUUGGGUUUUUCUGAUGAGCAAGCCCUUACUGUGAAGACAUCAGGAAGUGGCACCCCAUCAGGGAGCUCUGCAGAUUCCUCCACUAACUCCAGCAACAGUAGUAAUGUCUUCAGCUCAUCCUAUGCAAUGGAACAGGAAAAAUCCCUCCCUGGAGUAGUAAUGGCUCUGGUGUGUAAUGUAUUUGACAUGCUUUACCAGCUUGCUAAUCUAGAGGAGCCAAGGAUAACUUUGAGAGUAAGGCGGCUUCUUUUGUUGAUUCCUACUGAUCCAGCUAUUCAAGAAGCUCUUGAUCAGCUAGAUUCUUUAGGACGAAAGAAAACAUUAUUGUCUGAAUCAAAUUCUCAGUCUUCAAAAUCCCCAUCUCUGUCUACAAAGCAUCAACACCAGCCUACUGCUAGUUCAAUACUUGAAAGCCUCUUCAGGUCUUUUGCUCCAGGAAUGUCUACUUUUAGAGUGCUCUACAAUCUUGAGGUCCUGAGUUCCAAGCUAAUGCCUACAGCAGAUGAUGAGAUGGCAAGAAAUUGUGCCAAAUCUUUUUGUGAAAAUUUUCUCAGAGCAGGUGGGCUGAGCUUGGUGGUGAAUGUUAUGCAAAGAGACUCCAUCCCCUCAGAAGUAGACUAUGAAACCAGGCAGGGAGUUUAUUCCAUCUGUCUGCAGCUCGCAAGGUUUUUGCUUGUUGGGCAAACAAUGCCUACCUUACUUGAUGAGGAUCUGGCUAAAUAUGGAGUAGAAGCACUCUCUUCACGCCCGUUCCGAAAUAUAAGCCGACAGUCUACCCGACAGAUGUCCAUUUGUGGAACCCCAGAGAAGUCUUCCUACCGGCAGCUGUCUGUUUCAGAUAGGUCUUCUAUCAGAGUGGAGGAGAUCAUUCCUGCUGCACGGGUUGCCAUACAAACCAUGGAAGCAAAUGACUUCACUUCCACAUUGGCUUGUUUCAUGCGUCUCUCGUGGGCGGCUGCUGCAGGACGGCUUGACCUAGUGGGAAGCAGCCAGCCUAUAAAAGAAAGUAACACCCUGUUUCCUGCUGGGAUUCGUAACCGGCUUAGCAGCUCAGGAAGCAAUUGCAGUUCAGGAAGUGAAGGAGAGCCAACUGCUCUGCAUGCUGGGAUCUGCGUGAGGCAACAUUCUGUAUCCACCAAAGAUGCACUGAUCGCUGGCGAGGCCUUGUCUCUCUUAGUCACAUGCCUACAGCUUCGCAGUCAGCAACUGGGAUCUUUCUACAACCUUCCCUGCGUUGCUGACUUCAUCAUAGACAUCUUGCUUGGCUCUCCAAGUGCUGAAAUCCGUCGUGUUGCCUGUGACCAGUUGUACACUCUCAGUCAGACAGAUACAUCGGCUCACCCGGAGGUGCAGAAGCCAAACCAGUUUCUCUUGAGCGUCAUCCUUACGGCUCAGCUGCCCCUUUGGUCACCUACCAGCAUCAUGAGAGGAAUUAACCAGAGACUCUUGGCUCAGUGUACAGAGUACUUUGAUCUUAGAUGCCAAUUACUGGAUGAUCUCACAUCUUCAGAAAUGGAACAGCUAAAGAUUAGCCCAGCUGCCAUGUUGGAGGAUGAGAUCACCUGGUUGGAUAACUUCGAACCAGCCCGUGCAGCAGAGUGUGAAACUAGUGAAGCUGACAAUGUUUUAUUGGCUGGACACUUGAGGCUCAUUAAGACUCUGCUGUCGUUGUGUGGGGCAGAGAAGGAAAUGCUUGGCUCUUCUUUAAUCAAACCAUUAUUAGAUGACUUCCUAUUCCGAGCAUCUCGGAUUAUCCUGAACAGCCAUUCUCAAGCUGGCAGUGCUGCUGUUACCCAGCAAGACUUUCACCCCAAAUGCAGCACAGUGAAUAGUCGAUUAGCAGCAUAUGAAGUGCUUGUGAUGUUGGCUGAUAGCUCACCUUCCAAUCUUCAGCUUAUUACAAAAGAACUGCUUUCUAUGCAUCACCAGCUCGAUCCAGCUCUUUCCAAAGAGUUUGAUUAUCUCCCACCAGUAGAUGGUCGAUCUGUUUCGGGAUUUGUGGGACUGAAGAACGGUGGAGCCACUUGUUACAUGAAUGCAGUCUUCCAGCAGCUCUAUAUGCAGCCAGGACUUCCUGAGGCUUUGCUUUCGAUUGAUGAUGAUAUGGAAAACCCUGAUGACAGCGUAUUCUAUCAGGUUCAAUCUCUCUUUGGUCAUCUGAUGGAAAGCAAACUACAGUAUUAUGUACCUGAAAACUUCUGGAAGAUCUUCAAGAUGUGGAACAAAGAGCUUUAUGUACGUGAACAGCAAGAUGCUUAUGAGUUCUUCACCAGUCUUAUAGAUCAGAUGGAUGAAUACCUGAAGAAAAUAGGGCGAGACCAAAUAUUUAAGAACACUUUCCAGGGCAUCUACUCUGAUCAAAAGAUCUGCAAGGACUGCCCUCAUAGGUAUGAAAGGGAGGAAGCUUUUGUUGCUCUUAAUCUAGGAGUGACUUCAUGCCAAAGCCUGGAAAUUUCACUGGAUCAGUUCGUUAGAGGAGAAGUUCUAGAAGGAAGUAAUGCUUACUACUGUGAGAAAUGUAAAGAAAAGAGAACUACAGUGAAACGGACCUGCAUUAAAGCUCUGCCCAGCGUGUUGGUGAUCCACCUCAUGAGAUUUGGAUUUGACUGGGAAAGUGGACGUUCCAUUAAAUAUGACGAACAGAUAAAAUUCCCCUGGAUGCUGAACAUGGAACCCUAUACUGUUUCAGGAAUGGCUCGCCAAGAUUCUUCUGCAGAAGUUGGUGACAGUGUGCGAAAUGUAGAUCAGGGAGGUGCAGGAUCUCCCCGGAAAAAAGUUGCCCCUACAGAAAACUAUGAACUGGUUGGCGUGGUUGUACACAGCGGGCAGGCGCAUGCAGGGCACUACUAUUCCUUCAUCAAGGACAGGAGGGGAUGCGGAAAAGGAAAAUGGUACAAAUUUAAUGAUACUGUUGUUGAAGAAUUUGAGUUGAAUGAUGAAACAUUGGAAUAUGAAUGCUUUGGUGGAGAGUAUAGACCAAAAGUUUAUGAUCAAUCAAACCCAUAUCCUGAUGUUCGCCGUCGAUACUGGAAUGCUUACAUGCUCUUUUAUCAGAGAGUCUCUGAUCAGAAUUCUCCAGUCCUGCCAAAGAAAAGCCGAGUCAGUGUGGUGCGUCAGGAAGCAGAGGAUCUCUCCUUAUCUGCACCAUCUUCACCAGAAAUUUCACCACAGUCAUCACCCCGACCCCAUAGACCCAGUAGUGAUCGUCUGUCCAUCUUGACCAAGCUAGUUAAAAAAGGAGAGAAAAAGGGUUUAUUUGUAGAGAAAAUGCCAGUUCGGAUAUAUCAGAUGGUGAGGGAUGAAAACCUGAAAUUUAUGAAGAACAGAGAUGUCUACAGCACUGACUAUUUUAGUUUUGUCCUGUCACUGGCUUCAUUAAAUGCUACAAAAUUAAAACAUCCCCACUACCCAUCUAUGUCAAGAGUGAGUUUACAACUAGCAGUCCAGUUCAUCUUCCAAACAUAUCUGCGAACUAAGAAAAAGCUCAGGGUUGACACAGAAGAAUGGAUUGCAACCAUUGAUGCUUUGGUCUCUAAAAGUUUUGAUGCUUGUCAGUGGUUGGUUGAAUAUUUUGUUGGGGCAGAAGGACGAGAGCUCAUAAAGACUUUUCUGCUUGAAUGCAGUGUAAGAGAGGUCCGAGUUGCUGUAGCCACUAUUCUUGAAAAAACCUUAGACAGUGCCUUGUUUUAUCAAGAUAAGUUAAAACGUCUUCAUCAGUUAGUGGAAGUGCUUCUUGGUCUAUUGGACAAAGAUGUCCCUGAAAAUUGUAAAAACUGUGCCCAGUACUUCUUUUUGUUCAACAAUUUUGUGCAAAAGCAGGGUUUAAGAGCUUGCGAUCUCCUCCUCAGGCAUUCUGCCUUGACACAUAUGAUCAACUUUCUUCUUGGCCCCAACCGACAAAAUAACCAGAAUCGCAGAUGGAGUUCAGCACAAGCACGUGAGUUUGGAUUCCUCCAUAAUACUGUGGCCCUGCUGGUUUUGCACUCUGAUGUCUCUUCACACAGGAAAGUGGCUCCUGGUCUGUUCACUUUGCAUUCACCUCUUGGCGUGACCACCUCAGGGCCACUUCUGGCCCUCCAUGAAGAGGUGGAAGCUUUGCUAUUCCUCUCUGAGGGGAAACCUUACCUAAUGGAGGUGAUGCAUGCUUUGAGGGAACUAACUGGAUCGCUGAUGGUUCUCCUUGAGAUGGUGGUAUACUGCUGCUUUUGUAAUGAGCACUUUUCCUUUACCAUGCUACAUUUAAUUAAGAAUCAGUUGGAGACUGCUCCACCUCAUGAACUGAAAAACACCUUCCAGCUUCUUCAUGAGAUAUUGGUUAUUGAAGAUCCUUUACAAAUAGAGCGGGUCAAGUUUGCAUUUGAAACAGAAAAUGGAUUGCUAGCUUUGAUGCAUCACAGUAACCAUGUGGACAGCAGCCGCUGUUACCAGUGUGUCAAAUUCUUAGUCACUCUUGCUCAGAAGUGCUCUGCCGCUAAAGAUUAUUUCAAAGAGAAUUCACAUCAUUGGAGUUGGGCAGUACAGUGGCUUCAAAUAAAGAUGUCUGAACACUACUGGGCUCCACAGAGUAAUGUAUCAAAUGAAACCUCAACCGCCAAAACCUUUCAGCGCACUAUUUCUGCACAGGACACAUUGGCAUAUGCCACAGCCUUGUUAAAUGAAAAGGAUCAGUCAGGAAGCAGUAAUGGAUCUGAGAGCAGUCCUGCCAAUGAGAAUGGAGGGAGACAUCUACAACAGGGCUCGGUGUCUCCCAUGAUGAUUGGCGAACCUAAAAGUGACCUUGAUGAUGUGGACCCUUAGCAGGUAGCUGCAAACUGAAGAACAGAAGUUCAGUGGAAAUACUGAGUAUCUGGGGCCUUUCUGAUCCUGCUGGAAUCCCAUCGCUUACAUCUUGAGUGGAA